AUGAUGCCAUUAUUAAACAAUACUCCAUCCCGGAUGACAGUCGACGAUUUUCUUCUUUUGAAAGUUCUGGGAAAAGGAGCAUAUGGAAAAGUAUUCCAAGCUCGGAAAAAGGAUACCAACCAGGUGUACGCAUUAAAAGUGGUUGGAAAACCAGAUAGUGAGUUGGAGUCGACUCAUCUCAAAGAUGAAAUUCGGAUUCUGGAGAACGUGAAGUCGCCGUUCAUCUGUCAAAUGUUCCAUAGGUUUGAGACAAAACAAAGUGUGUACAUGGUACUUGAACUUCUUUCUGGAGGAGAACUUUUCAACAUUUUGAAUAGAGAGAAGUCUCUGACUGAAGAUGCGACAAGAUACUAUGUCGCUCAAAUUGCGUUGGGACUCGAGCACCUCCACAAUCAAAAUGUAGUCUAUCGGGAUUUGAAGGCAAUUAAUGUAAUGCUGGGUCGUUGUGGAAACAUCAAACUCACUGAUUUUGGUUUGAGCAAAUUUAACUUCAUCAAGGGAAGCAAAACGUCAACAUUCUGUGGAACAUACGAAGGAAUGGCCCCCGAAUUGAUGCGCAGAGUCCCAUACGAUCAUUCUGUUGACAUUUGGGCACUCGGUAUUCUAAUGUACGAUAUGAUGUGUGGUGGACCACCGUUCACUGGAGAUUCAAAAGAAGAGAUUAAGACAAAGAUUCAGUGUGGCGUAAUCAAAUAUCCAAAGAAGUUGUCAUCACAAUGCAAGACUGUCAUUAAAGCUCUUCUUACACGAAACGUACAGAAAAGAAUAACUCUUGCUAACCUGAAGACAAUGGAUUUUUUCCGUUCAAUCAACUGGGAGAAACUUGAGGAAGGGAAAUUCGAUUCACCUCCAUUUAUACCGGAGUUGAAAAGUGAUGAUGACGUCUCCCAUUUUGAUACAUGUUUCACUGAUCUCCCUCCUAUUGAGUCGCCGUGUAAAAAAGUGAGAGAAGACAAUGAUUGCUGUGCUGAUGGAAAAGUAGAUGAUGCGUUCGAUGGAUUUGAAGGAACCAAUUGGUUCACAAGCGAGUGGAACAGCAAUACCUUUUAG